GUGAGGCUGAGCUUGCUGAGCUGUGCUAGUACAGUGCGAGUGAUCGCGGUGAAAGUGGAUGCGUGGUUAAAUAAUGUUUACUUCAACUUGCGUGUCUGCCUCGUCUGUGCGUUGCUUCGACGUAGUGAAUUGUGAAGUGAUGCGCUGGCCAACGAUGUUCGUGAAUGAUCAGAACCACCGAAGGUCGUUGUAUGGAAUGCAUGCCAUUGUGCUGCUCGAAUGGGGGCUUGACGAAGGCAUCGCCGCGGAGACAAAGAAAGAAACGUUGCUAGAGUGUGGUGUGUUCGCGACGAGGUGCCGAUACUGAACGUUGACGACUGUGUGCUCGUGGAAAGUGAUGUGUGGAAUAGCGGGUGCUUGAAAGCGCUGCUUCCUUGUCGUCGUAGGUAUUGCCUUUCAGACGUGCGCAUUCGUGUUUGUGUGCUACGUGAAGGCAGCGAUAUGUGCGGGUUUCUGAAGACGCGUUAGCCGUAGUUUGUGGGACUGACGCGAUGUGCAGCUCGAGUGAGUCGCUGGGUGUGCGUCAUUUGUGUGCUGUACAGUGCGGUCAUGGAAAGUGAUGUGGAACACUGGGCGCUUGAAAGCGCUGCUCCGUUGUCGUCGUAAUGCAUCAGUAUUGCCUUUCAGACGUGCGCAUUCGUGCUUGUGCUCUACGUAAACGGAGUGACGUGUGUUUUCGAAGGAGGCCCGAUGCCGUCGUUUGUGGAAUUAGAGUGUGUGAGAGGUGUGUGUGUCAUUUGAGCGCUGUAGAUGUAUGAAUUCAACAAUAGAACAUGUUCACGCAGUGCAUCACCGUACGAUCGGGGGCUGUCGUGAACGUUUGCGAUGGUGCUUCGCGAAUUCAUCAAUGAUUACGAUCCGUGUCGGUCGCUGGCGUUUUGGCGUGAGUGGUGGGCGGGCCCAACCAUGUGGCACUGGGCCCGUACGCGGUGGGCGGGCCAAAGGCUUGCCGUGGGCAUCUGUCAGUCAAUGUUAUUGACACCCGAACUCGGCUGCAAACUCGUUAAUUCUGAGACUGCCCGAGUUAAACUCGGUUCUGACAUGGCGGCGGCAGCAGCAGCUUUAGUGCUCGCUUCAAGCGGUGGCAGACGACAGUUUGAGCGGAGUGACCCUUUCCUUGUGCUCACUGACGAACAGUUCCGGCAACAUUUUCGUCUUUCCAAAACGUCGGUGCGUUGGAUAUGCGACGAGCUAGCCGACCACCCGCGUCUACGUAGACUACGCGGCGGGCCCCAGUCCCUGACAGUAGCGGAGCAAGUUCUCUGUGCGCUCCGCUUCUACGCUACAGGGAGCUUUCAAGGAAAUAUUGGCUCCGAAUCGUACAUCGGGCGCCACCAGACUACAGUGAGCCGCUGCAUAAAGGACGUAUCCAUCGCGCUUGUUGACACAGCUGUGCGGAAGCGGUGGGUCGCUUUUCCGCGAACAGCCUCCGAGCGCGCCUACAUCAAGGACCGCUUCCUUCGUCGCGGCAGCAUCACGGGCGUGAUUGGAUGCGUCGACGGGACGUACAUUGGCAUAAAGGCGCCGUCAAAGUCCAACCGGACUGUCCUCAAGGCCAACUACUUCACCAGGAAAGCUCACUACGCCCUGAACACGAUGGUUGUUUGCGAUGCUGACCUCCGCAUCCUGCACAUUGACGCACGGUUCCCUGGUUCUUGCCACGAUGCUCAUGUAUGGGGGAAAUCGGCUUUGCGGCGGCACUUCGAGCUUGGACACCUAUUGGACGAUGGGGACUGCCUGCUGGGAGACAGUGGCUACCCACUAGAGCCAUGGCUUCUUACUCCUGUGGCAGGCCAUCCGCCAGCGCAGUCACCUGAGGCACUUUACAACAAAGCCCACUCGUCGAUGCGAUCUGUUGUGGAGCGCUGCAUUGGUGUGCUAAAGGCCAGGUUCAGGUGCUUGCAGAAGUACCGAUCCCUUCACCAUGAGCCCGGCCGAGCAUGCCACAUAAUUGCAGCAUGUGCAGCGCUGCACAACAUUUCUCUUGCCGCCGGUGAGCCUGAGCCAUCUGACAACAGUGACGACAGUUGCGGCAGUGACGACAAUGACGACACCGAUGACGAUGACGACGUGCCGCCUGCACUGCCAAACCCACCCUUGCCAAAUACACCUGUGACAGCAAGUGCACGUCGGCAGCUGUUUGCAAAGGGCAAAGCACUGCGGGACAGCAAGUUGCGCCUUUUUCAGCAAACGCGACCAGCGCGGCUAAUGUACCUGAACCGGGUGAGGCGGCGCUUGCGUCGACGACGUUUACAUUAGUGGUUUACAUCCCCAAAAGUCUUGUGCCUGAGCGAAAACUGCGUACCUCAGCAUAACCUCCAUGCUACUUCAUGCAUUGCUGAACACAAUAAUAAUAACAUCUGGGGUUUAACAUCCCAAAACCACGAUAUGAUUAUGAGAGACGCCGUAAUGGACGGCUCCGGAAAUUUCGACCACCUGGGGUUCUUUAACGUGCACCUAAAUCUAAGUACACUGGCCUCAAACAUUUUCACCUCCAGCUGAACACAAUAGGUGAGCAACACAGACUUCAUUUAGUUCCUUCAAUUUGUGCACUCAACUGAAUAUGUGCACCCGUUUAAUUGCUGUCAGGCAUUGUAGCGUUUGUCAUGGGACAUGUUUCUUAUUGCUUACUUAGCAUUCAUGCAAAAAUAUUCGUAGGUGUGAAAUGUGCGGUCAGUAGUAACCUUGCCAUACAGUGCAUACCACUAUUACACAAUUUCUAAUUCUUUGUCCUUUACACCUGCUUUACUAGCAGCCUUUGGAGCAUGCGUAGUACGCUACUCACGGAUUGACACAGGACUAUUUAGGGCUAAGUAAUGCACAUACUUUCGUUUCCACCGUCUUUAGAGCGGGCCAAUAGGCAUAAUUUCGACUCGAACAUGUACAUCAGCGCCAACAUUAUCUUUAGAGCCCAUAUUCAUUGCGACAUCACGUGGUGAUCUCGAGCAAUUUCGCAUACCAAUCGUUAUACCAUAAAAUUUGAUGUCGCAUUUCAAUUCGCGAGUACUGUACGUUGAUUGGUGCAAUGUUUUGGCUUGCAGUCACGCGUUGCAUUAUGUUCCACCGCGUGGUACGGAGCAUUGCUGUUGCAUUGUUUUUGAUAAGUGAUACAUAGCCAACAUUACCAGGCAUGUGGAUGCAUCUGAAUAAGUGUGGACGCUUGUGGUUGCUUGAGCCUCAAACGACUGGCGCACUUCUGUGAAUGCUGUGAUGUCGGUGCUACCCAGUGAUAUUCGUAAUGUGUGAAGCGGUUGUGUGAAGGUUGUGUGAAGCAGAACACUGAAGCUGUUGUUGGACUUGUCUGAGUAAAUGUUAUGCACAUGCUGUAGCGUGUGCUUCGAGUCGCUGUGUGCAGGUGUUUAAAGUAUGGGUACUUGGCUUUUUAACUUCGUAAGAUGUUUGGCUCGCAUUGUGCAUAGAAAGGAAUUGUUGACAUGUAGUGCUGCAUUGUAGGGAAAGUUUUGCUAGCCUAUCCAUCUCGAUAUUCUCAUUAUGUGGCACCAUUAAAGUUUAAGAAAUUGUGCGGCAAGAGUUCUUGGCUGUGCUCGAGAAAAAUGUGCCUGUUACUGAAUGCAGUUGUGUAUUUUUUUAUUUGCAGCAUGUGGUACGCACCACAACAACAAGCUGUAACUUAGGUUUUCCAUGGAAUUCUAGGAUACAUAUGAUGCUAAAGGUAGAAUUGUACGCAGCACCUUACGAGUAGGUGUAUGUAUACAUUGUUGCAUUUUAAACGUAUGCAGCACUUCAAUUAGAAGAGAGCACAGUUCUUUUGCAAACUGUGCUGAAAUUGCCUGUGCAUUUAUCGUGACCUAGCACACACGAAGGUUUUGUCUCGUUCCAGAUGCGUUAAGUGCAUGCGGCAUUUCAUUGCAUGCAUUACGAGUUAAUCCAUAUUACAUUAGAUGUGGCUAUCUGCUUUACUACAAUAGAAAGGCUAUAGUGAGGUUUAAUCUCCUAGAAGUGUUUCAACCUUUAUUUGCUCGUAUGUAAAUCUGUUUUAGCUGUUUGCCUGAAUGCUGUCUUUCUCUUAACAGUGUUAUUGUCAUAGAGUUUGUUUUGUACAAACAUUUUGUUGCGCCUCUGUAUUGGCCUAAUUCACAACAACGAACUCUUUCACAACAAAAGCUGUUGUCCAUGUAACAUGCUUUCGAUUACACCAUUCCCUGUGUAUUUACUCAUAUGUAAGUUGUUAGUGUACGACAAAGGGAUUAGAAGUAACAGCAAUGAAAUUUAGCUGUUCUGAAUGUCCUUAUCCAGUUGUGAUAGCUUUUUCUUCUGGUUUUGACACUCCGUGACAUCCUCACUUUUUAUCACAUUUGAUUGGCACAGAAGUGUAUUUGCUAAAUUGAUGUUCCUACUACUUGGGAAUGUCAGCGCAGUGACGGUAUUUUUUUCAAUUUUAAGCCCACAUCACCUCACCACGACGUGUAAUACACGGAUCAUGUAAGAAUGCGGAGUUGCAUGCAUGCACAUUUGGGGCGUGUUUCAAAUAAAGAAACACUGUAGUGUAAUGAAGUCAACGCAGAGGAUCCCUAGCAAGCUUAAACUUAUGCAGCCUAUGUUUCUUGUGUACCUAAGAGGACUGUUGUAAUGUCCUAACGCUACUGGAAUGCAGCUUUUCAUAUAAUUUCUAAUUUCUGAGAUGAACAAUUUUCCGAAUGGCAUUACGUUCUGGCGUGGACACUGCCACAAGUUUUACAAAAUGCUUUGAAAUGUCACUUGCAUAGAGACAUUGAAGCGUACACAGAGCAAUUAUUUCACACACCACACGGAGCUGCUGUUUUCACUUUGGCAUGUGUGGGCACUGGCUGUAGAUGUGCAUUUUGCGCUAACUUUUUUUAAAGACAGCCUGAGGAUUCACACAUUAAUUACAAACUCAUUUACAUGUCUUCAAUGCACUUAACAAGUACCAAUGAACUUUUGCAUGGUAAAGUGAGAAGUGCUUUUACCAUAUUUACGUGUACCGACACAUUGAGACAAAGUGCUUUGUGAUGUUUGUGCACUCAUGCAAGAAAUGAAUAGAGACUUUUAACAUAAUACCUCCUGCAUUGACAGAUGUGAUAAGUAUGAGACAAAACACUUGUUAAGGGUGGUCCGCUCAACAUUUAUUGCGGUCACUGUUAAAAAAAAAAAACAUCCGCGAUGGUUCGCUUAGCGGCCGCUCAAUUAUGUAGUGGUUCUUCGUCUGCCGUGCCAGCCACGCUAUUUUUUCGCUGCCGGCUCACAGCUGCAGUAAGGGCAGCCAAAGUGCUGGCGAUGUUAAGCACUUCAGCUUGGCGCUCCCCAACGGCCAGGACUGCUGCUGUAUGGCUCCGUGACAGCGUGGCGUGAUUUUCAUUCAGCUGCAUUCCAUAACAUAAUUUGUAUAUGUGAAGUAAAGCAGGGAAAAAUUGCAACGGGAAAGAAUGAAGGUGCUGUAGCAUGCAUAAUAUAUCGUGUGAAAAGUUCCGUUAGGUAUUCAUUUUUCAGUCACCUAGGUUCAUUACACUAUUCCGUCAUAUCAGCAAGACUUCUAAGAGUUACGUGCAGGAGUUACAAACAAUGCCGUGCACUAACAGCUGUGCUCACUGUCAUUCAUGUUCCCACUGUCCCACAACACAAGCACAUUUAAGCUGUCCACUACGGUCAUGUCUUGUGUUUUCUUUACAUUCCCGUACUUAUAUUCGAAGAAGCCAAUUGCUCAUGUUCUAUUAGCAAUGUUGAGCCAUGCAGUAAGCUGACUUCAUUUGUUUAAAUGUACAAGUCGCUACACACUGCAACUAAUAUAGAGUUUCCCCUGUAGCGCUCUUACGCAUCAUAAUGCUCUAUCACAGAGAUACAUGCCUUUUCAAUGGCACACCGCAGAGCCUGCAGUUCUUGCGUCUGGGCGUGCUGCUCAGCCCGUAGCCCCCUCACUUCCUCUAUGAUUGCUCGCUGAUCUUCAACGAGAGUUGUGAGGGGGUCAACGGGCGAUGCGGCAACACAGUCACUGGUCCGGCGGGUAGGCUGUCGUGGCACUGCAAUUAUAGUGCAGAGCAAAAAGUGUGCAAGCACAUGAACAACUUUGUCAUAUUGCACAAUUCUUGAACGCAUGCAAUGCUGGUCAGUUGUUAAACAUGAAUAAUUAUGCAGCGUAUAUGUGCAAAAGUACAACAUAAGCAACUCUCACGAAUGUACAGCUCACUGCCAUGUCUGUAAGUGCAAUGUAAAUAAAUAGAUGUAC